UUAUUCAUACGGAGGAGGAGGGUGUGACUUGUUGGCUCUUUUUGCCGCCUGUAUAAAACAAGAAGUUCGCGUAAAACAAAAUACAGAUGGAGAAGGCUAACCCGCUCGCAGUGUCACACAGAGUCCCCUUAAGCCUACGUGACAACUCGCAUACUGUCCCUCUGUGACCAGCUCAUCGGCAGAAUGCCCGCUCUCUGCGUGCUUUAUCUCGCCGCUCUCCUGGGUGCGUUCGUCCGGCUCGCCGAGAGCGCGGGGCCGGUGGUCCGAUGCGAGCCGUGCGACGCCGGGGCGCUCCUGCAGUGCAAGCCCCUACCGAAAGACUGCGUGGAGAGGGUGCGGGAGCCCGGUUGCGGCUGCUGCAUGACGUGCGCCCUCGGCGAGGGACAAGCGUGUGGAGUGUACACUGGACGCUGCGGCUCCGGCUUGACCUGCCAGCACCAGCCUGGGGAGAGCCGGCCGCUCCAAGCCCUGCUGGAGGGUCGCGGAGUGUGCUCCAGCGCGGCAACUAGAAAACUCAGCAGCAGCAUUCUGAUCCCCCCGAUCAAACCAGAGAAUGUCAGGGGUCAUGGACACCAGGGCCAUGCUAACGUAACCAUGACAAUGCCGGUGUUGCCAGGGGCUUCUGUGAGCCUGGACGGCGGGCACAGCAAGGGGUCGCCGCACACCAAGCCCGGAGGAGGCAGGAAGAGCCAGAGCCACAAGGUGGAGACGGUCUCGGGCGGAGCCAACACCGAUAUCCAUAACUUCUCCCUGGAGAGCAAGAGGGAGACGGAGUAUGGGCCAUGUAGGAGGGAGAUGGAGAGCAUCCUGAACAGCCUGAAGAUCUCCAACGUGCUGAAUCCCAGGGGCUUCCGCAUACCCAACUGUGACAAAAAGGGCUUCUACAAGAAGAAACAGUGUCGUCCAUCCAAAGGCAGGAAGCGGGGUUACUGCUGCUCCACGCGGUGGACGCAGCGCCGACAACAGACUCAGACAAGCGGCGGGGGGCCCCGAGGAGGAGCUGUCCAGGAGGAGCUCCUGGACAGGAAGCUGAAGGACUUCCUGUCCAAUGCUCUCCCACAUCCUGUGUAAAGACUUGGAAAGUGGAGCGUCGCCGACAACAUAAUGCCUGCCCUGUCGCUCGGCAGCACGGGAUCGGUGGCGCAUUUUAAAAGACAUGCAAAAAGGACAGAUGAAAAAAAUAAACGAGCAACUUACAACCAACUUUUUGGUGCUAUGCUCACAAAUGAUGAAAGGAACACAAAUCUUAAGCUAUACCGUUCCCUAAUAUUUGAAGGUGUGUCUUUUUAUAUAGAUAUUAUUAUUAUUAUUAUUAUUAUUAUUAUAAUUAUUAUUAUUAUUACCUGGCCAGCUUCAUGUCUGACUAGACAUCAUGUACAGUACUUAAAGUGAAAAUAAAGUUAUUUAUCUAAGAAAGACUUAUAAGCUGAUCCAAACGACCUUUUCCUAUGACCGAUUCCGUGACUCAUCAAUUGCACAACAAAGUCUAUCUAAUUCAAUGUAUUUUAGGGGGAAUAUAAUCACUAAUGAAUGUUUUUUGUUGAAUGAACAUUUUCCCUUCCGUUGUCCAAAAAGCAGACCGUGUUUGUAUAAGCUCCAUGCCCCCGUGGAUGAGUUUGAUCACCGGGGGGGCCCUCUAUCAGUCAAGGCACUCAGGUCUCUGGUUAUACGAGUUAAUACAGGGUGGCUAAGGCCUUCUCAACCCUCAUUAGAUCUCUCCAUACCAACCUAGCCAUCCUGCCUCACUCUGUAACGUACACACAGAAGUCGCUUCUCUAAGUCACUUUUAUUCGAUUUGUGAUUAUACUGUUUUGCUGAUCAUGUAAAAGUCUCUCUAUUCACGGGUAAAUGUUUAUUUUUUGUUUAUUUUGUUGCUUUCAUUUUAUGAUUAUCCUUACAAGAGUCUUUGAAUCAGGCUUGUUCAUGUUACUAAACUAGAAAUCACACAGCUAUUAUUAUUUUCUUUAAGAAAGAAAAUUAUUUUGUUCAAAUAUAAUUUGUAUUGAAUGUCUUUUUUUAAUAAAAUAUGAACAUAUUUGCUG